AUGACAUCCAAAGGGAAGGGCAUCAAAGGGAGACAGGAGAUGUGGGUCGUGCCCUACAUUGGAUGUGAAUCUGGAUCCUUGUGUACUACAGGGUCCCUGUCUCAGGAUUCGAGAUUCUGGCUGAAAGUGAAGGGGCCUGUGACAGUGCAGGAGGGUCUGUGUGUGCUUGUGUCCUGCUUCUUCUCCUACCCCCAGCAUGGCUGCACUGACUCUACACCUGCUUAUGGCUACUGGUUCCAGAAAGGGGCCAAUGUUAACAAGGAUGCUCCAGUCGCCACAAAUAACCCACGUUGAAAAGUGCAGGAGGAAACCAAGGGUCGAUUCCACCUCUUUGGAGACCCCAGGACCAACGACUGCUCCCUGGUGGAGAGAGGAAAUACUGUGAAAUAUUUUUACUCAUCUAACCAGUUCUCUGUGCAUGUGACACCUCUGACCCAGACCCCCAAUGUCCAGAUCCAAGGUACCCUAGAGUCUGGCCACCCCAUGAACAUGACCUUCACUGUGUCCUGGGCCUGUGAUCAGAGGACACCCCCCACCUUCUCCUGGAUAGGCGAUGCCCCCACCUACUCCUCGGUGCUCACCCUCACCCCAUGGCCCCAGGACCAUGGCACCAGCCUCACUUGUCAGGUGAAGUUCUCAGGAGCUGGUGUGAUCAUGAAGAAGUCCAUCCAACUCAACGUGUCCUACUCCCCCUGGAACUUGACUAUAACUGUCUCCCGAGGAAAUGGCACAGCAUCCACAGUCCUAGGAAAUGGCUCAUCACUAUCAGCCCAGGAGGGCCAGUCCCUGCACCUGAUCUGUGUUGCCGACAGCAACCCACUGUCCAGGCUGAGCUGGUCCAGGGAGAGUCUAGCCAUGAUCCCUUCACAGCCCUCGAACCCUGGGGUCCUGGAGCUGCGUCAAGUACGCAUCAGGGAUGAAGGAGAAUUCACCUGCCAAGCUCAGAACCCACUGGGUUCCCAGCACAUCUCCCUGAGCCUCUCCCUGCAGAGUGAGCAUCAAGAGGCUUCACACUUGUCCCCACACCCCUGGACCACACCUCUGGGCUCAGACUCACCUGUGAAAUCCAAAUUUCCACAGGAUGCAGAGUACUCUGUCCACCUGCUGGACAUCAGGCUGUGGGUGAGGAGGGAACAGAGGGUCCGUCUGCCCACUGCCCCCAAUCUGGCCAGACUGAGGGGCUCUCUGCUGUCUUCACUCAGAGUGAGAUCCUGCAGGAAUAGAGCAGCUGGGCCAGCAGAGGGCAUGGAGGACACAGGCACGGAAGAUGCAAACAUUCGUGGGUUAGUCUCUCAGAUGCCUUCACCAAGUACUGCUGAACAUCUACUACUUGCCGGCAUUGUCAAAGGUGCAGGGUGUCUUGGUGAAGACGACCUCAAAAAUCUCUGUCCUCAAGUAGCUGUCAUUCUGGAGACAACAAGGAUAUAA